AUGGCCCCAGAAGAUAACAUCCAACAGGCAAUCCAAGCCGUCAGGGAUGGCCAAUCCAUCCGCAAAGCUAGCGAGGCAUGGGGAGUUCCCUUUUCUACCCUCCGGGACCGAGUCGUCGCCAACGCCCAACCGAAGGGACAGUACGAAGCACAGGUGAUGCAGAAGCUCAGCCCUGAUCAAGAAAAACACUUGGCCGAUUGGGUUCUUGCCCAGAAAGCUCUAGGGCUUCCGGUAAAGCAUCGACAAAUCGAGGUCUUUGCUAACCGUAUCCUCCGUGCCUCUGGAUCUGACCAGACUGUCGGUAAACACUGGCUUCAGAAGUUCAUCAGAAGAUAUCCAGUUUUAAAGACGAAGAAAGAUAGACGUAUGGAUAUCAAACGGUUGGAUGGAGCUAGUACUGAUGUUAUCAAGGCCUGGUUCCAUUUCCUCGCGAUCCCAGUCAUCCAGACAAUUGACCCGCAAGACCGUUGGAAUAUGGAUGAAACAGGGAUAAUGGAAGGUCUGGGAACCAACGGCUUAUGCGUUGGAUCAUCGGAGACAAAGGAAGCGUUGUCGAAACACCCCGAAUCCCGGAUCUGGACAACCAUUAUAGAGUGCAUCUCAGCAACCGGAAAAGCUCUCCCACCGUUAGUCAUCUUCAAGGGGAAAGACAUCCAACAACAGUGGUUCCCUGAUAACGGCAAAGACCUUGAUCCAUUACGCAACUGGCGGUUUUCGACGAGUCAGAAUGGCUGGACAUCUAAUGAUAUUGCCCUCGAGUGGCUGACAAAGAUCUUUUGUCCGACGACGGCAACAUCGAAGAAGAGGCUCCUUAUUGUUGAUGGCCACGGUAGCCACGAGACUGACGACUUCAUGUGGACCUGUUUUUCCAACAAUAUCUACCUCUUCUUACCUGGACAUGCCUCCCACGUUCUACAGCCCCUCGACCUGUCGGUUUUCUCUCCGUUGAAGACCACUUACCGCCGUGGUAUCAACGACCUCACUGUGAUGACAGACUGUGUCCCCAUUGGCAAGAGGCUCUUCUUACGGCGUUAUGCGCAAGCCAGGAAGGAUGCCAUCAAAGAAAGGAAUAUCCGAAGUGGCUGGAAGGCAUCAGGAUUGUGGCCAGUCAACCUAGAUAAACCUCUGAUGAGCCGUCUACUGUUGAACCCAACCAACCAGCCAGUCAGUCAGCCAGCCAGUCAGUCGGCCGGCCAGUCAGCUAUCCAGCCAGCCAGCCAGCCAGUCGUCGGCUAA